AGGGUUAGAUAUCAGAAAUCUAAAAGGUGUGCGUCAUACCUGACACCUAGAUGAACACUUUCCAGUUGGUUGUGUGACUGUAAGUCAUUCCCUUCAAAUGCUAUUGAAGUUAGAAAUGUGUAUAACAAUCUCGUAUGUAACUUUAGAGACGGUCCCUUAAUUUCUGCAUAUCCGCGAAUAUCGAACGUCCAACAUCACACCGACUUUAUUCCAGUCGCGUUGCCUUCUUCAGCAUCAGUGAAUGUGUGCACCUUUUGUAAUAGUCGUGUACGAGUCCCUCAGUCGUCCUCAGGGUGAAAAGACGGAUCUCAACAUCAUAUAGUCGCUGUUGGAAAGGAGUUAAAUAUGCAGAAGAUGCUGGAAAAGUAAAGAAUGUGCAGGACCUGGAGGAUUUUUCUGAAGAACAGUGGGUGGUUUAACUUCUCAGGACAAACAAGGGACUCAUGAAGAACUCUCACAAAACAUAAACACAGUCUCUGAUCAUCCAGCUGGACGGCGUUUGCACAGAAUGCGUGAGGAGGAUAUAACCGGGAGGCACGGAUGGAGAAUGAUGAUGAUCAUCACCAGCACCAUCAUCACCACCAUCAUCACUAUCACCACCACCACCACGCUGGCGUUCAUCUGAAUACUGACCAUGUGUGGUGAAGGAGGAAUGGUGAAGAGUCUGCUGUGACAUUUAUCUGUUUCAUCUGGAUACUACAGAGAGAGAGAGAGAGAGAGAGAGAGAGAGAGAAGCUUCCCCUACCUGCUUGUCUGCAGCCCUGAAAUGAAUAAAGCUUGGAUUUGGUUUUAGUCCAGAAGCAAUGAACAGGAUUUCUGUGCUGUAUGAAGGAACCCAUACCAACCAAACAGAUAUGUGAACCCUCUUGGUCAGCAGAUGCAAAGAGAAACAGUUAACGCGCUCAUUCUGAUACGUUAUCGAUUCGAUCAUCGGAUUUCAUUGAGAAAACGACCGGAAUUAGUGAAACCGCAGUCGCACGAAAUUGUUUCGCGCGGUCUUUCACAGUGAUGUUUGUUGGUAUACGUUGACCUUUGAGCUGUACUCGUGUUCGACGCACGUCCCUGGUGCAGUUUAUCCAGUCCUGUGCGUUUAUCGUUCUCCUCCCUUCGGUCGCUCCUUUGGUGCCACUGGGCCAUGGUUCGUAAGAAAGGCUCCCUUAUCUUAUGCGGAGCGGUUCUGUUCAUCGCCUGGAAUGCCUUGCUGCUUCUGUUUCUCUGGGGAAGGCCACCCAUCGGUCGACUCGGAGACGGAGGCGGAGCCGAACCGGGCGCGGGAGAGGAAUGGCAAGCUGGAAAAGGGAAGCGAGGUGGAGCCAGCGGGCUGGCGGGCGAAGUGAUCCGAUUGGCAGAAGAGGUGGAAUCGGAAUUGGAGACUCAAAAGAAACUCCUGAAACAGAUACAGAGCCACAGGUCAUUGUGGGAACAGAAUAAAAACCUGAGGAAAAAAGAGGCGGAGGACUCGAGGGACAAAAAAGAAGAAUUUAAAGAACCUCAGGAGUUGCCCCAGUUACCCACCUUAGUGGGAAAUGAAAUAAUUGUCAAAAACAAGCAGGUUCCUGUUGUCACAAACCCUCCGCCAGACACAAAGCAGGACAAGGAGACGAACAAUGACAAACCGUUGGACAAAAAUAACGUGGACCUUACAGAUCCUAGUCCUCAAACUGUCAUCCCGAUCUUGGUCAUCGCUUGUGACAGGGUUACAGUGAAAAGAAGUUUGGACAAGCUGAUACAGUACCGGCCUUCAGUGGAGCUUUAUCCAAUCGUCGUGAGCCAGGACUGCGGUCACGGCGAUACGGCCCGGGUCAUCGGCUCCUAUGGCAGUCAGGUGACCCACAUCAGCCAACCAGAUCUCUCCAACAUUCCUGUGCGGCCCGAUCACAGGAAGUUCCAGGGUUACUAUAAGAUCUCCAGACACUACCGUUGGGCCCUGAACCAAGUGUUUAACACGUUCGGUUACUCCACUGUGGUCAUCGUAGAAGACGAUUUGGAGGUGGCGCCGGACUUUUUCGAGUAUUUCCGCGCUCUCCACCCGAUCCUGCUCUCCGACCCGACGCUGUGGUGCAUCUCAGCCUGGAACGACAACGGCCGUGACGGCCUGGUGGACCCGGGCAAGCCUGACCUCCUCUAUCGGACAGAUUUCUUCCCGGGUCUGGGAUGGAUGCUGUUGAAGGAGGUGUGGGCAGAGCUGGAGCCCAAGUGGCCCAAGGCAUUCUGGGACGACUGGAUGCGUCACCCAGAGCAAAGGAAAGAGCGUUCCUGCAUUCGCCCAGAGAUCUCCAGAACUAUGACUUUCGGCCGGAAAGGAGUCAGUCUGGGUCAAUUUUUCGAUCAGUAUCUGCGCUACAUUAAACUCAACGCUGAAUUUGUGCCUUUCACUAAACGGGAUUUGUCUUAUUUGGUCAGGGGGCACUACGAUGAAGACUUUAAUAAAGAAGUGUACAGUGCGCCUUUGGUGAAAGUGGAGGAGCUGCAGCAGGGUGGCAGUUUGCAGGGUUCGGGACCGUUCAGGGUGCAGUACUCUAGCAGGGACAGUUUCAAGGUUUUAGCCCGGAAUUUGGGCGUGAUGGACGACUUAAAGUCUGGCGUUCCACGCGCCGGUUACAGGGGCGUGGUCAGCUUUCUCUCGCGCGGUCGAAGGGUUUAUCUGGCACCCCCUGAGGGCUGGACAAAAUAUGACACAAGCUGGAGCUGAAGGAUCUCGUAUGGAACGUGAACUGAGUGUCAGAACCAUGCAAGAGGAGAUGAUUGUCCUCUUAAACCAAAGAAAACAUGCAUGGUAGAGAUGGGAAUGCACGGUCAAAAUGUGAGCGAUUUUAUGAAGGAAGGCAGCUUUGGUCUGUUCUGAAGAUUUACCUGGCAUUCACACUAGCAAGCGACAAAAUCGCGGUCACUUGUGGUGGCGUGUAGCGACUGCCACCGAUAUCACCUUUUGGGUGCGCACUGGCUGCGUUUAUUAUAAGAUGCAGUAGUCUUUUAUUUUCUUCACUCUUUUAGCACCAAAGGCUAACGAAAGGGAACUGAACACUGGUCCGAAACCUAGUGUGAGACUAGCGAUUCUAGGGAAACUUCAUUUGCAUUUCAGUGCACCAUGGGUAAUUUGGAUAGAAUCGAAAAUUUCGAAUUCAAAUGUCACAGAGUGCGGCUUGAUGUCACGCAGCUUUUCAUAGAAAAUCGAUAUUUGGCUGUUGCUUUUGUCACUUGCUAGUGUGAACACGUUUAAGGUUAAACACCCAGUUGUACUGGGAACAACAACAACAACAAUCCCUCAUGCACAUACAGCAGUCGUAUUCAGAGAAGACCUAAAGUGAAAAGUAUUACCGUUUCCAUGCCAACGAAGGCUUGACAUUAUCACUGCUAAAUUGUACAGUUUCAGACUGACUAUCAUAAAAGAUCUCUCACUCAAUGAACCCAGUGAGAGUUGGUUUGUUUUUUUUGUUUUUUUUUUUAAAUGACUUACUGAUAUUGUUCGAAUGAAGUAAUGAAUGAAGGUAUAAAUGUCGUUUAACCUGACUGAUGCAUUCAGACAAAAGCAGAUUUUUACCUACCUUUUAAAGGAGCACUACUUUUGGCAAAGUUCCCACAUGUGAAGUACCAAAACGUCUGCUGAAGUACUUGAACGCUGCUUCGUUCUCGAUAAUUUGGGAGCACUUUCAAUACGUUUAGUCCGAGAUGUCCUAAAUGUUGGGUUUGUUGCAGAACCGGUGACCACAGAGAACUUGCUUUCCGUGUCGUGUCAAACGCAGUCGUUUCAGUGGAUCCAAGUAGACGGGACAAGAGGACGGAUCGAAUCUAAUUUAAAAAUAUGCUGUAUUCGUGGGAAGGUUUGAAAUGUUCUAAUGUCUGUAUGACAAAGUAUAAAACCACUGCCUGAUGUGUUGUUUAUAAAAUUUAAUACAUUGAUAAUAAAUGACUAUUUUGAUA